AUGGCCGAGGCAUCUGGCAGGAACGCGGCACUUGUUUAUUACCAAACCAAGGGAGUCAUCUCUUUCGGGUGGGAAGGAAGAAAAGAUUUUGCUGUUCAGGAACAUGGGAGAGGCCGUGGAUUCGUCUCAGAACGGCUUGACCGGAAACAUUCCAAAGGGGAUCUUCGAGCUCAAGAAUCUCGUCAAGCUCUUGCUUCUCUCCAGCAAUUUGUCGGGCUAGAUACCGGUCAAGAUCGGAAAUUGCUCUUGUCCUUGAUUCGCUUCCAAGCGAACCUCAACAUGCUUAUUGGGCCUGUCCUAUCGCAGAUUGGGCACUUGGCCAAACUCGAUUUGCUAUAUCUCGGAUUUAAUCUCCUUUCCGGGAGCAUUCUAGAGAUCUCCAGGUGCCUGAAUCUCACGUACCGAUACCUACAUUCCAAUGUGAUCACUGGAAAUUUGCCAGAGAGAUUUAGCUGGCUUAUCUCGUUGCAAUUUGUUGAUUUUUCUAACAAUUUGAUUGAAGGACCGCUGAGUCCAAGUCUUGAAUCGCUGAGUUCACUCACUAAACUCAUUAUGAAGAAGAAUAGAUUCUCUGGGCCGAUUCCGAGCCAAAUCGGUUCGCUUGAGAAGUUGCAGUUACUGGACUCGAGCGGAAACGAGCUGUCGGGAAAUAUUCCGGUGAGCUUGGGUAAGAUUCCGACGCUUGAGAUCACUCUGAAUCUGGGCUAG